ACAGUUUGCCUUCGUCCCCAAGUCAUAGUGACGACAAGCUUGCUUUAUUAGCAGGAACAGGGGGCCUUGCUUUCUGGCUGGCCGAAAACAGAUAAACCAAACUCUUCAAACGCCUCAAAACCUUGCUCAAGGGGCAAACGCUAAACGCGUACUUAAACCCCAGAUAAACCCUUUUAUCAGUUUUUACACAUAACAAGAAGGAAGCCUGAGAGAAGAGUAGAAUAAGCAGACCCACAAAAAGAGAAGAGGAAAGCAGACAUCUUUCUGAGUUCCCAUGACGUCUGAGGCUUCUGACGGGGAUAAAAAAUUGCCCAAGAGACGUAAUGGUUGUGAUUCAAUUGAGGACACUCUGGCUAAAUGGAAGAAUUACAAUGACAGAUUUGAUUUUGCAAAAGAUGGAGUGAAAAAGAAGCGGAAGGCCCCAUCUAAGGGGUCCAAAAAGGGAUGUAUGAAAGGGAAAGGAGGGCCUGAGAACUCAGAUUGUGUUUAUAGAGGUGUUAGGCAGAGGACUUGGGGCAAGUGGGUAGCUGAAAUUCGAGAACCAAAUAAUUUUAGUGGUGUGUCAAAGAAGAACAGUCGUCUUUGGCUUGGUACUUUCCCUACAGCCUAUGAUGCUGCUUUUGCUUAUGAUGAAGCUGCAAGGGCCAUGUAUGGUGGUUUGGCCAGGCUCAACUUUCCACAAAACACUAUGAAAUUGAAGGAGUAUUCUAAUUCUGUGUAUUCUGGAACAACUAAAACAACAACAUCAUCAUCAUAUGAGUCUUCAACAACAUAUAAUAAUGGGGAUGAGGCAGAGGGAUUGGACAUGAGCAGCAAGUGUGCUAUGGAAAGCUCUCGAUUUGUGGUAGGCAAAUCAAAGGAAAGUUAUGACUUCUUUGAGGAUUGUGUGCAUAAAGAGCCGAAGCAAGAAACUGAUUGUUCUGUGGGUUUUGCGUCACAGGAUUUAGAGGUGUUAGAUGCUACUCUAAGAGAAGCUAAAGAUGUGAAAUGUGAAUUGGAAACUGAGUAUGAGCUUGCCAGAAAUGAUGCUGAAGAAACUAGUGUUUUUCAAACCGGGAGUUAUGAAAGCUUCAACCAUAGGCCUGAUUACUUGCAUAAUGAGCUACAGGUUGUGAAUCUUGAUUCAGUACCUGAUGGGAAGCCUUAUUAUAAUGAUUGGGAAUCUUUGGAGACUUUUUUGAGGUCCAACAACGAUUACUUAAAUAAUGAGCUUGUAGAUGCGGAAUGCAAUGGAAGAAAUGAUUGCAACCCUUCAGAGGAUGUUAAUGUUGAGAAACCUGUAACGAGCGAAGCCAUGGAGAAAGAAUUUCCCAUGAUUCUGGAAUCCGGAAGUCACAAUGGCCUAGAUGAUAGCUGCCACUAUAUGCAUAAUGAGCAGACAAAUGUGGCCAGCAAUCUGGUAACAGCCGAUUUUGAGCCAUCUAACGAUGAAAUUAAGAGAUCAAUGACGGAUCAAGAAUUGCGGGGAGGUCUUGUAGAAACUACGAACUUAAAUGGCCAUAAUGGCUUCAUAGAUAGUUAUGCUUGCUUAGAUGACAUUAGGCCUUCAAAUGAUAUAAAAAUGCAGGAGAACAGACUUGCCAACUUGCAUAAUUGGUCUGUAGAAGAAUCAUAUGGCAUUGAUGCUCAGAACCAACAAGGGGAAAGGCUGCCUAAUCUCCCUAACCAAUCACAGACACAACCACAGGGUAACAUACCAGGAAGGUUGGCUCAUACGGAGGAAGCAAGUUUAGACAUCGAUUUCGAUGUAGAUUUGUUCAGGCAAAAUUAUGAUUCAGGUGUAUUAGAAGAGCAGGUGUUUCAUGGUUCAUGGUUCCCUUACUCUUAGUUGAGACUAGCUGAAUUGGAUGCUUGUUGAUAUUGUAGUUUAUGUUUCUACAAAGGAGGUUUAAUCAACGACAUGCGUUUUGGUAUUCUGUGCUGCAGUGCUUGUGAUUCAUGUUCGUGCAGACUUGCAGAAGGAUUCUGAGAUUUUCUUUGGAACAAGGAUCAAACUAAGUGAAUUAGCUGUAUUUUGUUGCAGGGAAAAAAAAAUAAGUCUCCAUCUUCCAUUGUGAUGGAAAUUGUCUUUUCAUUUUAGAAUCUUUGUGUCAUUUUGUAAACAUUUUGUAGGUGUCAACAUGAUUCUCUUAAUAAUAUCAUAUUAUGCCCUUUGGCCACCA